AUGUCCACCAAAACCUACAAGAAGUUCGAGAAUGCAGGUUCAGGGGAUCUUCCUGAUAAGAUGACCGUCUACCAGGAUUGUAUGAACACAUUCAACGAAUCCCCAGUCAACCCAAAGAGAUGUCGUAUCCUGAUCUCCAGAUUAUUAAGACUAUUGUCUAACGGUGUUGCAUUCCCAGAGAAUGAAGCUACAGCUCUGUUUUUCUCUAUUUCAAAAUUGUUUCAACAUCAAAAUGAUGCCUUAAGACAAGUUGUUUAUCUUGCAAUCAAAGAAUUGAGUGAAAUGUCAGAAGAUGUUCUUAUGGCUACUUCCUCCAUUAUGAAGGAUGUUCAAAAUGGUUCUGAUUUGGUUAAACCAAAUGCUAUUAGAGCUCUGACCUAUGUCCUUGAUGAAUCAACCGCGUUCUCUGCUGAAAGACUUUUGAAGAGUGCAGUGGUAAGUAAACAUCCAGCCAUCUCUUCUGCAGCUCUAUGUACUUCCUAUAAUUUAUUACCAAUUUCCGAAGUCACAAUUAAGAGAUUUGCCAACGAAGCCCAAGAAGGUAUUAGCGAUUUAAAACAAUUCCCAAAUAUCCCAUACGAUGAACACAGUCUCUUAGUUGGUGAAUUUUAUCCAAAUUCUAGCUAUAUGGCACAAUAUCAUGCUAUUGGUCUAAUCUAUCAAUUGAAGAAAAACGAUAAGAUGGCUAUCUUGAAACUAGCUUCUCAACUAGCUGAUAGUAACACUCUGAAGAAUCAACUUGCAAAAGUUCAAGUGGUAAAACUAAUUAAUGAUUUAAUUAAUAGAGAUCCACAAUUAUUCAACGAAUUCCAAGAAGUGUUAUUCUCUUGGUUGACUAACAAAUUCGAAGCCGUUCAAAUUGAAGUUGCUAAGGUUAUCUCUUCCUUUGCUUUACGUAACCAACGUCUAGUUGCACCAGAUAGUUUUGCAUAUGUUAUUGCAACUUUGCAAGGUUUGUUAGCCGUUCCAAGGGUCUCUACUAGAUUCGCUGUUUUAAGAAUACUUAACAAAAUUGCCAUGGUUGCUCCGGAAAAGAUUGCGUCAUGUAACCCUGAAUUGGAAACAUUAAUCAAUGAUCCAAAUAGAAAUAUAUCUACCUAUGCUAUUACCAUUCUUCUGAAGACUGGUAAUGCCAGCAACAUUGCUUCCUUGAUUUCUAGAAUUUCUCGUUUCUUCCAUGACGUUUCUGAUGACUUCAAGAUUAUUAUUAUUGAUGCAGUUCGUACUCUUUCUUUAAGUUUUCCUCAAGAAUGGAAGAGCAUUGUCAAAUUCUUGAUGGAUGUCUUGAAGAACAGUGAAGGUGGUUUGAAAUUCAAAAGCACCGUGGUCGAAGCUAUCGUUGACAUUGUUUCUUUCAUUCCAGAAUCUAAGGAACUAAUUUUAGAGAACUUAUGUGAUUUCAUUGAAGAUUGUGAAUUUAAUGAAAUUUUAGUGAGAAUUUUACAUUUGUUGGGUAAGGAAGGUCCAUACACCUCUAAACCAUCUCUCUAUGUUAGACAUAUUUACAACAGAGUUGUACUAGAGAAUUCAAUUAUCAGAUCUGCUGCAGUUGUUGCUCUGGCUAAGUUUGCUUUGACAAAGAAUGACCCAACAUUAAAGGAAUCUAUAGUAAGUUUACUAGUUAGAAUUGCUAACGAUCAAGAUGAUGAAGUCAGAGACAGAGCUACCAUUGCUCUAAGAUUGAUCAAGUCUGCAGAUGAUGAUAACACUACUGUUGCUACUGAAUUGAUUGAACCAAAAUACUUCUAUGAUUUACCAUCACUAGAAUCUAAACUAAGCAGCUAUCUAACUACCAACAAUGAUUCCUUCAAAACUCCAUUUGAUUCUUCUAAUAUCCGUAGAUUUACUGAAGACGAAGUAAAGGCCAUUGAAUUAAAGAGAAAGCAAGAGCAAUCAUUGAGUACGUCUCCUGAAUCACCUCUUGAAUCUGGUACCAAAAAAUCUAAAUCGAACAACAAUACAGACAAUAAUGCAUUUCCAGGUUCCAGUGUCGGUGAAGAUGAACAAGAACUACUAAAUACUAAAUAUAACGAGGAGUUGUUAGCAAUUGACCAAUUUAAAGAUUAUGGUAAAUUAAUUAAUAGUUCAAAGUCUGUUUCUCUAACCGAGACUGAGGCUGAAUUUAUUGUAAACGGUGUUAAACAUAUCUUCCAAGAUAACAUCGUCUUACAAUUUAAUAUCGCUAAUACCUUACCUAAUAUUGCUCUAACAAAUGUUUCUGUCAGUUGUACACAGGAAGAUCCAGAAACUUCUCAAUUAGAGGAAUUGUUUAGUAUCGCUAUAGAUAGACUAUUACCAACAGAAGAAGGGGCAUGCUAUGUUGCUUUCCAAAAGACUGAUGAAUUGGUUGUGGAAGGUUUCUUGAACAGCUUAGUCUUCACAACUGUUGAUAUCAAUCCAGACACAAAUGAGCCUUACGAAGGUGAAGAGGGAUUCCAGGAUGAAUAUGAAAUCGAUUCUCUAUACAUUAACGCUGGUGACUAUGUGACCGGUUCAUUUAUUGGUAACUUUGAUAAAGCAUUCGAAGAGUUACCUGCUGAAGAAAUUGCAGUUUUCAAUAUUCAAGAGAAUUUAUCCUUACAAGAAGUUAUUGAUAAGAUCAUUACAAAUUCUAACUGUCUACCGCUAAAUAAUACACAAUUUGCUCCAAGCGAUUCUAAUUCACAUGUUUUGAAAUUGUUUGGUAAGAGUGUCCUUAGCGGAUCAAAGGUUGCAUUACUAAUUAAAAUGAUUCACAGUUCGAAGGGUAUCGCUCUAAAAGUUCAAGGUAAAGGUGAAAAUGCUACCUUGUGUUCUGAUCUUGUCAAUGGUUUGAUGUAG